AGACGACUCCAAUCAUUCAGCAAUGUGAUUGUUCCCUCUGAAAGUGUUCCAUAAUUUCCUUCGAAUUUCCUGUGAGAAGAGACUGCUUGAUGUGUUUCCAUCCAUUGUACUUUCUUCAGUGGAAAAUAAUAUUAUAAUAUUUUAUUUAUAAUUUAUUUUCGUAUUAAUUUUUAAAAAAAUCGUUUGCACCUUAAUUUAUGCAAAAAUUAUUUUAGUUCGUUCCAUGCAGGCGAUAAAAUGAUGAACACAAUGUUUUUAAUAUAUUUUAUAAUUUUUACAUUAUUAUUGAACUUGGUAAACGCACAGAAAGAUCCCGAUCAAGGGUAUUACGCGUAUGGAUAUGUUGAUAAUGAUUUGCGAGGAAAUUAUUGUAGUGGUAGAAGACCUCAACAAUGCUGUCCUCAGAGAGACGAUACUUGUACAGUACCAAUACUCGGAACUGUCUGUUACUGUGACUUAUUUUGCGAUCGAGAAAAUGGUGGUGACUGCUGUCCAGAUUUUGAAAAUGUCUGCUUAGGAAGAGCUGUUCAACCACCUGAGUUAAUUGUGAGACCACAGUGUCUUUAUCAAGGGAAAUAUUAUGAUGUGGGUCACGUGAUUAAAAUCAAUUGCAACAAAUGCACAUGUCAACAGAAAGAAGCGGCGGAAUUCGAUUUUGUUUGUGAACAGAAUGUUUGUCUUGUGAGGCCGGAAUUGAUAACAGCCAUCAACGACGCUAGACAAGGAUGGCGAGCGAGUAAUUACAGUUUCUUUUACGGCAAAACAUUGGAAGAAGGAAUGAAGCAUCGAUUAGGUACAUUCAAGCCAUCCAGAACGGUAAUGGAUAUGACAGAAAUACAUCAAAUACCGAAUGGACCGUUACCGCCUGCUUUUGAUUCACGACAGAAGUGGAGAAACAUGAUCACACCCAUUCGUGAUCAAGGAGACUGCGCAUCCUCUUGGGCAUUCUCAACAACAGCUUUGGCCUCCGACCGCCUUGCAAUUGAGUCCCUAGGAAUGGAGAGGAAGGAGUUAUCGCCCCAGCACUUAAUAUCGUGUCAAAAACGAGGGCAGAGGGCCUGUAGUGGAGGUCACCUAGAUAAAGCUUGGUAUUUUCUGAGAAAGAAAGGAAUAACAACCGGGAACUGCUUCCCUUACACUGGCAGAGAAGAUACAAGGUGUCCAUUUAAUAACGGCGUUAAAGGAAAAGUCAGGUGUCCAUCCGGAGCACAAGAUGAACUUUACUAUAACACACCACCCUAUAGAGUCGGUCCUAAAGAAGAAGAAAUAAUGAGAGAAAUUUAUUUUAAUGGGCCUGUUCAAGCAACAUACAGAGUCAACAGUGAUUUCUUUUUAUACAAAAGCGGAGUUUAUCAUCAUGUCGAGUCAUUAGUAGCGAAUUUGCCGCAAAGCUUUAGGCAACAAGAUUGGCAUUCCGUUAGAAUAAUAGGAUGGGGUGAAGAGACAGUUGAUGGAAAACGAAUAAAAUAUUGGGUUUGUGCUAAUUCUUGGGGUGAUGAAUGGGGAGAAGAUGGCUACUUUAGAAUUGUAAAAGGACAGGAUGAGUGCGAUAUUGAAAUGUUUGUUGUGGGUGUUUGGGCUCACACUGAAAUGCCCCACCUUUAAACACCAUUUGUAAAUAGUUUGGAGUUUGUUUUAGUUGGAUUUUAUACUUCAUUUUGUAUAUGUGUUCAGAUUUAAAUAUCAUGUGCAUUAUUAAAAUAGUUAUUCACAUAA